UGCUAAAUGGUUCGCUCAACUGGAAUCAAAGCUCUUAGUCAACUCUACAACUAAAUUAAUGAAUCGUAGUUGUUCUUCACCUGCAUCUCUUAUCAAAAUACCAAUCCAACCUAAUGACGAGUCUUUUUAG